GGCGAACAGUUGCGCUGCGUGCGGCGUUGAGUGAGGUUGCAAUGGAAUUUUUAAGCGCACAGUGUGCGGCGCGUUCGGCGGGUCCGGCGAAUACGCUGAUGACGCUGCUCCUGAGCACGCUGGUGAGCAAGUACUGCGAGCUGAGCGGCGAGCAGCAGUGGCCGGCGGACUAUGGCGAGCAGCUGCAUCAGGCGGGCGGCUUUAAGCAUGACUAUGACUUUAUUGUGGUGGGUGCGGGCAGCGCCGGCGCCGUCGUUGCCGGACGCCUGGCGGAGGUGAGCAAGUGGCGCGUGCUGCUGCUGGAGGCGGGCGGUGAUCCGCCGGUGGAAACAGAGUUUGUGGCCUGGCACAUGGCCACACAGUUCUCCAAGUGGGAUUGGCAGUAUCACACGCAGCCCAAUGGACGCGCCUGCAUGGCCAUGCGCGGCGAGAGCUGCCACUGGCCGCGUGGCAAGAUGCUGGGCGGCACUAAUGGCAUGAACGCCAUGAUCUAUGCACGCGGCACACGCGCGGACUUUGCCGAUUGGGCGCAGCGCGGCAACCCGGGCUGGGAUUACGAUGACGUACUGCAGCAUUUUCGUAAGGCCGAGGAUCUGCGCUCCACGCGCAGCGACUACAAGGUCGGCGAUCACGGCGUCGGCGGACCCAUGGGUCUCAACAAUUACGUCUCCGACAACGAAUUCCGCAGCACCAUACGCGCCGGGAUGCAGGAGCUGGGCUAUGGCAGUGCUCCGGACUUCACCGAGGGCUCGUAUGUGGGCCAAAUGGAUAUACUGGGCACCCAGGACGGCGGUCGUCGCAUCACCACCGCUCGCUCCCAUUUGCGCAAGGACACGCCCAAUUUGCACAUUGUGCGGGACGCGCACGUCAAGCGCAUCAAUCUGAACGCCAAGCAGCGCGCCGAGAGCGUCACCUUUGUCCAUCGCGGCGGCAAGGAGUACACGGUGCGUGCCAGCAAGGAGAUUAUCCUCGCUGCCGGCGCCAUUGGCACGCCACAAAUUCUGAUGCUCUCAGGCAUUGGACCCGCUGAGCAUUUGCGCAGCUUGGGCCUGCCCGUCAAGCUGGAUCUGCCCGUUGGACGCAAUCUAAAGGAUCAUGCCAGCUUGCCUGUCAUUUUCCAAAUCGACAAGUCAACGGCACGCAAACCCACCGAACAGGAGCUAGUGGAUGCCAUGUACAAUCUGCUGAUGGGUCGGCACAGCAAGUUGCUGCAUCAUGAGGCGACUGCAUUGACGGGAUUCAUUAAUACAACGUCGCUGCUGGGCCCCAAUCCGGAUAUACAGACCACGAAUUUCUUUAGCCUAAUGCAGAGUCCCGAGCUGCGCGGCUAUGUCGCCGCCACGGGCUUCAAUGAGCGCGUGGCCAAGAGCAUACUCCAAGCCAAUGAGCACUCCAACACGUACAUUACUUACUUGCUGCAUCUCAAGCCCUUCUCCGCCGGCAGUUUAACGCUGCAGAGCGGCGACUAUCGCGAUGCGCCGCUCAUUGACGCGGGCUACAUGAGCGACGAGCGCGAUGUGGACACCUACAUAAGAGCGCUGAACAUCUACAAGCGGCUGCCCGAGACUCGUGCCUUUAGCCAGCGCGAGGCAGCGCUGCACAAGCUCGAUCUGGAGGCCUGCAAUGGGCUGAGCUAUCAAUCGGACGACUAUUGGCGCUGCUAUAUACGCCACAUGACCACCACUGUGUAUCAUCCGGUGGGCACAGCACGCAUGGGACCAGCCACUGAUCCCACAGCUGUGGUGGACGCGCGUCUGCGUGUGCAUGGCGCCCAAGGAUUGCGCGUCAUGGAUGCCAGCAUUAUGCCCGAUAUUGUGGCUGCCAAUACAAAUGCUGCUUGCAUUAUGAUUGGCGAGAAGGGCGCCGAUAUGAUCAAGCAGGAUUAUCAGCAGCAUACAGAGCUAUAAGCUAUAUAUAUAUUCUUUUUUUUUGUAAUUUUAAUUAAUAAAAGCAUUUUUUGCUAA